GCGGCGGCGGCCGUCGGGCGGCGCUGGCGGCGAGCACAGCUGGCCAGCUGCCGAGAUGGCGAGCGUCGAGCAGCUGCUGCUGGCCGCCCUCUGGACGCCGCUGGCCGCUGCGCUCAGCACCAGGCCGGACUCCACUCCGAGCCAGCCGUCCUCACCGCCGCCGGCCUCCAACAGCUCCGAGGAGGCGGGUGCGCCGCGGGUGGAGGCGGCCAGAGAGACCCAUAUGGCGGCGGCGGCGGCGGCCGGCAAGUCAGCCUCUCAUCCGCUGCUCACGCUGACACUGGUGCUGGCGCUGUGUUUUGUCAGUGCUGCUGCCGCCUUCGGACUGCGACGCGUGCUCCGGCGAGCCUUCUUCAAAGACAGGACGGGAAGUUAUCGUUAUUUCAAAGUGAACCAAGAAGACGACGGAGAGUUGAUGGCAGUUGACGGCGGGUACCACGUGGCUCUGGAUGAUUCCAGCGAAGACGAGCUGGGUCCAGCGCGGCUUCCGGUCAACACACCGGAAACGGCGCAGGUGCGGCGAAGUUGUCUGUCUCCGCCGCCAGAGGCCAAGUCUCUGCUGAUAGAGUCCUCUGAUGAGGAGCUCCUUCAGUGAACAAUUGAGGAUUGGGUUCUUUGGCGUACCUGCUCUUCUUGCACAUGUCAAAAACCAAUAUUUUCGUGCGCUAUAGUAAUACGAAAUCAUUGAUAGUUUAAAUGCACAAGUGUAUAUAUCAGCACAAUUAUGCCUACAGUUCGUUUGGAAAGCUGUUCAAGAGACAGGGUCUCAACAUAAUUACAGACGUUCUUUGUCCUUAACACCCUUGGUUUUCACCUACAGUCGGUACAUUGUUC